CUUGUCGUCUCUAGAAUUACUCUCCUUUGUGCUCUCUUCAGCCUGUGUCGUGGCUACCGUAAAGCCGUGUUUCAGGUCUCUCCGUACAAGCAAAAAUGUCUAAGCGAGGACGUGGUGGUUCCGCUGGAGCCAAAUUCAGGAUCUCGCUGGGUCUCCCAGUAGGAGCUGUUAUCAACUGCGCCGAUAACACCGGUGCCAAAAACUUGUAUGUCAUUGCCGUACAAGGUAUCAAGGGACGUUUGAAUCGUCUCCCAGCUGCAGGCAGCGGUGACAUGAUUGUUGCCACAGUCAAGAAGGGAAAGCCUGAACUCAGGAAAAAGGUUAUGCCCGCAGUCGUCAUACGGCAGCGUAAACCAUUCAGGAGGAAGGAUGGGGUGUUUAUAUACUUUGAAGACAAUGCAGGCGUGAUAGUGAAUAAUAAGGGUGAAAUGAAAGGCUCAGCUAUCACAGGUCCAGUUGCUAAAGAAUGCGCUGAUUUAUGGCCCAGGAUUGCUUCAAAUGCAAGCAGCAUAGCCUAAUUUUCCUUUCUUUAUUAUACUCUUUAAAAUAAAAAAACCAAAUCUGGCAUGUUCCAUCCAGCAAA